GUCUGCUUCAAUCAUACAAACGAUGCCAAAAUGAUUACCUGCGCAUGCGUCAUACUACACCUUUUGUUAUUUUCUGAGUGUAUUACGGGAUUAGGAUUAUCCUUAUUAGUUACGCUGAUACUAGAUAACAUAAAAAUUGGCUAAUCUAAUAAAAUUUAGAAUAGUCUUUGUUUCAAAUUUGAAUUUUAAACUUUGUUAUACAAAACGGCCUACUAAAAUCUGGAACAAAAUGGCGGAUAAUAAGUGAGAAUGAUUGUAUUUUUCUACGGAAUCAGUGAACCAGUCCACAAUCUGGGUCAAUGUAUGUCUUCAGGAUUAUUUAAUUAGACGUGAAAAUCGGAAACAUGUUUUCGUCUCUGCUUGGAAGAAGUUAACAGAAAUGCACAGAGGCAAUAUAAGCUAAAGAUCAUCGCAAGCUACAUCUUGGCCUCAACACGUUGGCAUAAAUUGGAGUAUAUAGUAUUUUCACAGGUGGUUUUCUGGGAUUUACCUACAUACUACAUCAUACCAUCUACCUAAACUACGUCACAUGUAGAAGCUAGCAAUAUUCCACAGAAUAUAUCAACAUGUAUACAAGCUUCUUGUCUCAGGCAGACGAUACCAAUCUAUAACAUAAGCUUUUCACGAUAAAGAUCAACUAGUAUAUGAACGCCUGCGUGCGAGAGAGUGAGAACAGUAAAAAUAAUCAACACACAAAAGACUCUUCAUGCACUACUUGUGGAUUGUCUGUUGUUUGCUUUGGAAUAUAAGCAGGGGUUUUGAUCGCUCUUAACAGAGGAUUAGUACCACAAGAUUAUCAUCUAACGUCUGACUACACGCUGCAAACAUGUACGCGGAAAUGCAGUUUUUGACGCAAGAAACGCGUUAAGUUGAUGCUGUUUUAUAUUUGAAUAUUGCAUAUGCUUUCAAUUAAGAAGGAGAGAAAAUUUGAGAUUCACUGAGAUUUAUUUUAUUGAGAUAUGUUGAGAAAUCAGAGGACAAAAUGGAUAUAAAAUUACACUAUCAGUCAUAAUAAUUUAUAGAUUUUUAACUUUUUUUUAUUACAAAGAUAUCAAACACCCACUAUUCCUUCUACCUCAAAAACGUGUUCAAUGGUGGUUUCUGUAGCUGAAAUUCCUUACUUGGACGUCAGUAGAAUGAACAGAAACACCAUGCGGCCGGUACCAAACGUUGCUGUGAUGGCCGCUAAGCCUCCUAAACCUCCAUGUUGGCGGGAUUUCGUCAGCCAUAGUCUCAUGGCAGAAUCGGAAUUUACCGAUAUCAGCAAAAUGGCGCGAAGUUCAAAUGAUAGUUUUAGUUCAGACGGUCAUACUAAUAAAACUGCCGGUAAACCAAAAAGACUUCGUGCGAGGAUACACAGAACACGGAGUCAGUUUGCUAUUGAAGAAAGUGAUCUUCCCGCGGAAACUUUGACAAUGACCUUGGCUGAAACAAAACCAGACGAUAUAGGGUUGUGUAGAGAAACGUCUUUCAAUGAAAGAAUAUUCCAAGAAGAUAAUAACAGGAAAUGUCAAACUUGGUUACAAAGUGUCGAAGCCUCUAAGCCUCUUGAGGAUGUUAGUUGCUAUGAUUUAAGCGGCCUUGAGGGUGAGGCUGUUUCCAUAGAAAUUCCAGAUGAUACGCAAUCUUACGAACAGACUGACGGAUGUCAGAAAAAUAAAAGUAAUAAAAGUGUUCAUUUAAAAAAUACUCACAAGUCGUCUGCGUACGAACAGUUGCCGACAGCGGGUUCCUCAAAAGCAGUAAUUCCUACAUUACUGAAGCAUGGGUCCUCCUUUAAAGAGGACAAUUUACUCAACACGGGAUAAAUGUAAUCUGUUAAUGUCUUAUGUGCAAUUAUUUCAUUUUAUCGUUUAAAUGAUUAUAAAUAAAAUAUAAAUUAAUACUUA